AUGGCGACCCUUCCUAGAAAAUCAUCUGAAGCCUCAGAUGUCAAGAUUAAAGUUGGAGAAACAGAGCAUCUUGUCAAUAUCGAUGAUUUUCCUUACUUCAAGGCCUUCCUGGAUUUCCAGCAAAAGUCUGGCCAGGAUACAACUCCUGUGCCGACUCAUGGUGAUAUCCCCUUUUUCGAUGUCAUCAACUACGGAGUAUCCAACGGAUUCCGGCACUUCUUUCGCCGCAUGCCUGUUCAACUCUCCGACUACCAUACGCUCUGCGAAACCCUCGAAUUUCUUACUAUCGAUGUCCUCGCAGGGCAAAAGCUGCGUGAUAUCAUGAAUGAUCUGAGGAAGUGCAAAUCCGACUACGAUGAAUACGAUGGGACUGGAACCAGGGGGCAAAAAAGCAUUGCACGAGACGCGGCGUUUAGGCUCUUGUAUAUAUUUCUCCUCGGCGAGUUCGAGUCGGAGGUGCAGGACAGGGCAAUGGCCUAUAAUGCAGCUCUGUUUGUGGUAUCUCACCCUGGGACUUUCAAGCAGAGAACCCGGAAGAUGGUUCGAGAAGCGUUUGAGGAAAGAUUUCUCGUCACGGAGAAGCAGAAAAAAGGGUUGGACAGUUGGCCUGUCUCUGGUCCUUCUGAGGACCCAGAGGACGAUUGUACUACCGAGGAGGACUCUGAUUACUUUGUCGACUCUGACUAUGCAUAUUGGAGCUCGGACUAGAUGCGAAAGUAUUUCGCUAUGUAUUAGGUGCGGGUACGGUAUGAGUUGGC